UCCCUUUUCAAGAACUUGCCCCAGCGUCGUUCCUUGACCGAUAUUUUGAUUAUCUUUUAGUCUUUAAUUCCCAAUUUCCAACAAUAUUUGAUUAAUAAAUACUUGCUUUUGUAUACCCUUUAUAUAGUUGACUAUUGUUUUAAGUAUGCAAUAGUAAAAAUUCAAGAAUCAUUCAAUCCUUCACAUCAUCACCAAUUUUGAUUACCUGGGUUCUGCUCAGUCAGCCAAUCAGGUGAAAUUCAAACGACUUGUGUCAAAUUCGUUCCUUGUAUCUUUAUUCUUGUAUUGAAGUCCUGGACUGGAGAUGAGAGCAAUUCUUAGGUCCAUUAGACAAUUUAGAUCAGCUUUGCGAUAUAGAGGAGAUAUAUUCUAUAAUGGGCUCUCAAAAAGACAGCAUUGUCGGGUUAAUAAGAAUGGAGGGUCAGUUUACUAUACGCCUCAGUGUACAGAUUUUUGGAGAUGCCAGCAUCCUUCUUACAUGAUCUCGAGAGCUUUGCAUACUGAUGCGGUUAAUGUAGCUAAUGGAGAAUUAAUUCAAGGAGGUCCUCUUGUAGAAUAUGAACGAAGAAUAGCUGCUGGUGAACUUGUGGAUGGAGAUAUUUGCCAGUUAGGCACCCUGAGACAACUGCAGAGACUCUAUGAUGAGCUGGUCGAGACAGCUGAUGCUUGCCGACUUGAUCGAUAUGCAGCUUCGGAGAAAGCAGGAAGGAGUCGGUGGUUGUGGUCACGUUUCAUACCACAGUCUUCAUAUGCUCCUGUGAAAGGACUCUAUCUUUGUGGAGGAGUUGGUACUGGGAAAACUAUGUUGAUGGACAUGUUUUUUGAUCAGUUGCCUUGCAAUUGGAGGAAGAAAAGAAUUCAUUUUCAUGACUUUAUGCUGAAUGUCCACAGCCGCUUGCAAAAGCACAACGGUGUUGCUGAUCCCCUAGAAGUUGUUGCUGGAGAAGUAUCAGAUGAAUCAAUCUUGUUAUGUCUUGAUGAAUUCAUGGUUACUGAUGUUGCUGAUGCAUUGAUACUAAAUCGUUUAUUUAGGCACUUAUUUAGCCAUGGAGCUAUCCUUGUUGCUACAUCAAACCGUGCUCCUGAUAAUCUUUAUGAGCGUGGACUUCAAAGGGAUCUCUUUCUUCCUUUUAUAGCUUUACUGAAGGAAAGAUGUAUUGUUCAUGAAAUUGGGUCAUCAGUAGACUACCGUAAGAUGACUUCGGCACAGCAGGGUUUCUACUUUGUUGGGAAAGACCUGUCAAGCCUUCUAAAUGAAAAGUUUCACCAGUUGAUCGGCAACCACAAAGCUGUACCACAAAAGGUGGAAGUAGUUAUGGGAAGGACAUUGCAGGUUCCGCUGGGUGCUAAUGGCUGUGCCUAUUUCCCGUUCGAGGAACUCUGUGACAGACCACUUGGGGCUGCAGAUUAUUUUGGAUUAUUUAAGAAAUUUCACACACUGGCUUUGGAAGGUGUGCCAACUUUUGGUCUCCACAACAGGACUGCUGCAUAUCGGUUUGUCACUUUAGUUGAUGUGAUGUAUGAGAACAAGGCUAGACUCUUAUGCACAGCUGAAGGGUCUCCAGUUGAACUUUUUGAAAAGAUAGUGACGAUUGCUGAUGCUCAGCAAAUGUCACCCAGAACUUCUUCUAGAUCGAGGAAGAGUGAUGAUUCUGACCUUUGUGUGGACAAUGAACUGGGCUUUGCAAAAGAUCGUACCAUUAGCAGAUUAACCGAGAUGAAUAGUCGGGAGUAUUUAGAGCAACAUGCUGCAAUGGUGGCGGAGAUGCAGCAGUUGCCUGCGGAUAGCAGUAAGGAUGUUUUACAUGCUUAGUUCCGUGACAGUAUUUGUAACAUUGCCAUUUACCCUAAGCUGGGAAGUUGGUGUUGUCUGUAAGGUGAUGGAAUUACAGCACAUUGUUACAACAGAAGCUGGCGAUUAUUUUAUACGUCUUGUUUCAUAGGUUUUUUUCUUCUCUUUUCAUGUAUAUUUGUUCAAGUGAUAAUUAUUUUAUGGGUCUUAAUAAAUUUGUUAUUUGGUAAA